UGGUACGAGUUCGAAAACAGGAACUGUUUACACUACAGAUACAUUUUUUCAAUAUUACCACACUUCAGAUCUUUCCCAAACCACACCUUAGCCAAGCACAAUCAUGUUCGCACGAAACGUGUCGCGACUGGUGGUGAGCGGCAGCACCGCACUGAUGAGGCACCGCGCGCGCGUGGUGCCGCCGCCGCUCUCUCUGGCACGGUGCUUCUCCAGCAAGGGCGACACAAAGGUCAUCGACGGCCUCAGCUAUACGGAGAAGCACGAGUGGGUCUCGAUGGACGGCGACGUCGGAAAGAUCGGCGUCACCGACUAUGCGCAGGACGCCCUCGGCGACAUCGUGUACGCGCAGAUGCCGGACGUCGACGCCGACUUUGAGAAGGACGAGGAUUUUGGCGCGCUAGAGAGUGUGAAGGCGGCGAGCGAGCUGUACUGCCCCGUGUCUGGGUCCAUCACGGAGACGAACCCGGCCGUAGAGGACAAACCCGCGCUCAUCAACACCGACUGCUACGGAGAGGGCUGGCUCAUCAAGAUGAAGCUCUCGAAACCCGAGGAGCUCAACGACCUGAUGGACGCCGAACAGUAUAGGAAAUUCGUGACGGCGCAGCAGGACGAAGCGGACGUCUAGACGCGCACGUUCUCUUGUUUAACUUGCUAUGUUCGCGCGGGGACUGGCCUACCGUCGUCGCUACGACUUAACGCAAAAACUAAUCUCGUAACAAAGUUACACAGCAACACCGUGAAGAUUAGAAUAUAGGUUUGAUCUUGGCAACACAUGAUUGUAACCAUAUUUCUAAGUCCCAGCUGUGGAAUUUUCUAAUGUUGAAAAAAACAAUUGUACAAUAAUUCAUUUAUAAAGAUGAUGUAACCAUAAUCUAUGUCGAAUGCAACUAAAAAAGAUGUAACCGUAAUAUAACUUGAAUGGAACUUGUGUAUGAAUAAUUGAGAUGUUAAUAGAAAGAGUGCUGUUAAUUGUAAGUUGACUCCCGGUUUUACCAUUACCCAGUGAAAGUUGGACCGUGAUAAACUUAAUGCCUAAUUGUUGCACAUAUGCCCUAUUUUCAUGCAUCUUCACUGCAACUAUAAAUUGAAGUCAGAGAGUGAACUAUACGUGAAUUGUAAUAUGAUGUGUGAUUGGUCGAUGAUAAAUAGAUUUAACUAAUUUUAGUCAAUUGGAAUAAUUAGUAUUAACCAUGAAGUUGAGUAACUGCUGUGAGUUUCCUUUUAAAGAAUGUAGAUAUUUUUGGUUAUCUGCUAGAAUGAGCACAGGGUGAUAUGAGCACCAGUACAUGGUUAACUACUCAACAAAGUGUACUUGAUUAUAGGUAUACUGAGUAUUUUAUUAUACUCAGAUUGUUUUUCUUACACACAGAAAUUUUUAUAUAUUAUUGCCCCGUGCAGUUUUAUAGGUGUGAGUGCUGAAUGCACAAAUUUCAAUGUUAAUGAAAACUAUUUUUCCUGACAA